AUGAGCCGCUUGACGGCCAUGGUCGUUGCUGUCUGCAUUGUAGACUCAAUCACAAUUGCGUAUGAUGGCUCGCUCAUGGGCUCGGUCAACGUAAUGCCCAGUUAUACGAGCUACUUUCAGCUGACAACCGCCACCACAGCCGUGAACUCGGCCGCCACUUAUAUUGCUUCUAUCCUGAUUGCUCCCUUUGCCGCCGUGUACAUUGACAAGCGGGGCAGAAAGGAUGGCAUCUUUGUCAGUGCUCUGCUCAACAUCUUUGGUGCCGCUAUCAGUGGUGCUGCCCAGAAUAUUGCCAUGUUCAUUGCCGGUCGCAUGAUUAUUGGUCUCGGUGUUGGACUGGCGCAGACUGCUGCUGGCUCGUAUGUGUCGGAAACCACUGCUCCUCGUGUUCGAUCAUUCGCCCUGGGAAUGUACUUUACAUGUUGGGCAUUGGGAAGUUUUCUCGCUGCCGGGUUCUGCUACGGGUCUCAGAAUCUCGAGCCAUCAAACUGGGCAUGGCGGGUACCCUCGAUCCUCCAGGCCCUUCCCCCUCUUGCCGUCUUGGUCAUCAUUCCCUUCCUCCCCGAGUCGCCUAGGUGGCUUGCGUACAAUGACCGCCAAGAAGAAGCCCUCGAAGUCGUCGCCCGCAUCAACGGCGCCACCACCGACGACGUGGGCGUGCAGGUCCAGUUUCGGGAGAUCGUCGACACCAUGGAAUACGAAAAGUCCAAGGGCAACAGCCUUGGCUUUCGCGAGAUUGUGCGCGGGCCUUCCAACCGUAAGCGCCUGGUGUUGGCGCUCUCGCUGGCGCCCCUGACCAUGUUGACUGGCUCCAACGUCAUUACCUACUAUUACGGCACCAUGCUCGACCAGGUCGGCAUCACGUCCUCCAAGACGCAGAUGGAGAUCGAUCUGGUGCUCUCGGCCUGGCAAUUGGUGAUUGCCGUCUGCGGCUCCCUGUCGGCCGAGAAGCUGGGCCGCCGGGUCCUGUGCCUCACUUCUCUCGGCGCGUGCACAGUCAUGUUCUACCUGGUCGGCGUACUCACGGCCGUCUAUGGCGAUUCGUCCAACACCUCGGGUAUAUAUGGUACAGUGGCCUCCGUGUUCCUGUUCUUGGGCGCCUACUCCUUUGGUCUCACCCCACUGACCGUCAUGUAUCCCCCCGAGGUCAUGUCGUACAAGAUCCGCGCCACCGGUAUGGCUUGCUUCACUAUACUGGCCAAGGCCUGCGGAAUCUUUGUGACCAUGGUGUUCCCCUACAUGUUUGAGGCGCUCGGAUGGAAGACCUACAUGGUCAACGCAAGCUGGAAUGUGGUCUUUUGGAUCUUUGUCUACUUCUUUUGGGUAGAAACCAAAGGCAAGACACUUGAGGAGAUUGAUGUUCUCUUUGAUGGGGAAAAGCACUCGGAUGCUCCUGACCUCAAUGAGGUUAGUCAUGAAAAGUCGCUGAUGGUAGCGGCAGAGUCAGAAAUCUAG